CGACUUUGACCAGUUUGAUAAGCCUGGUGCAGAGCGGUCCUGGAGAAGGAGAGCUGCAGAUGAGGAUUGGGACAGUGAACUUGAAGAUGAUUUACUUGGAGAAGAUUUACUAUCUGGCAAAAAGAAUCAGUCGGAUUUGUCAGAUGAAGAGCUAAAUGAUGAUCUUUUACAGAGUGAUAAUGAAGACGAAGAAAAUUUCAGUUCUCAGGGUGUCACAAUUAGUCUGAAUACCACAUCUGGCAUGGUCACAUCAUUUGAACUGUCUGACAACACUAAUGACCAAUCUGGAGAACAGGAGUCUGAGUAUGAACAAGGAGAGGAUGAACUCGUUUAUCACAAAUCCGAUGGAUCUGAGUUGUAUGCUCACGAGUACCCAGAAGAAGGACAGUAUGAAGGCCACGACGCUGAGCUGACAGAAGAGCACAUUGAGUAUGUGGAAGAGCCAGAGGAGGAGCAGCUGUACAAUGACGAAGUGUUAGACAUCGAGAUCAACGAGCCUUUAGAUGAAUUCACAGGAGGUAUGGAAACUUUGGAACUGCAGAAGGACAUAAAAGAAGAAUCAGAUGAAGAAGAUGAUGAUGAUGAAGAAUCUGGACGAUUACGUUUCAAAACUGAAAGGAAAGAAGGAACAAUUAUUAGGCUCUCAGAUGUAACUAGAGAAAGAAGGAACAUUCCAGAAACUUUGGAGCUUUCAGCAGAAGCCAAAGCUGCGUUGCUUGAAUUUGAAGAAAGAGAGCGACAGCAUAAGCAGGGACGCUAUGGUUCAAGGCGGGGAGGAAGGCGAGGAGGCUCUUUAAUGUGUCGUGGAAUGGGAGACCAGAGAAGAGAGAACAGUGAGCGGGGAAGAAUGAAAGACCACAGACCUGCUCUGCUUCCGACACAGCCUCCCGUGGUGACACACUCUCCAAGAUUAAUUCCUCCUCCACAGCCUCAGCCUCCGCCUCCGCCUCCGCCGCCACCGCCUCAGCAGCAGCCAAUUAGAAGUCUGUUCCAGCAGCAGCAGCUGCAGCCUCUGCUUCCCCUACAGCACCCGCACCACCCUUCCCCUCCUCAAGGAAUGCACAUGCCGCCCCAGCUAGAGGCCCCGAGGGUGAUGAUGACGCCUCCCCCCGUGACCCCACAGCAGCCCAAGAACAUACACAUAAAUCCCCACUUCAAAGGGGCGGUGGUGACGCCCGUUCAAGUGCCCUUGCUGCCAGUCCCGAGCCAGCCAAGACCUGCUGUAGGACCCCAGAGAUUCCCAGGCCCUCCAGAAUUUCCACAGCACACACCUGGACCCGUUCCCAACAGUUUUAGCCAGCCCCCACGCCUUCCUCUUCAGGACCAGUGGAGAGCCCCACCCCCUCCCCAGGAGCGAGACCCUUUCUUCCUAGGAGUUUCAGGUGAACCAAGGUUCCCCAGUCAUCUCUUUCUGGAACAGCGAAGUCCCCCUCCACCGCCACCUCCCCCCACGCUUCUUAGCAGUAGUCACCCUGUGCCCACUCCCAGUCCCUUGCCAUUCACUCAGCCUGGACCAGCGUUUAAUCAGCAAGGACAGCAGCCAGUGUUCCCCAGAGAGAGGCCCGUAAGGCCAGCCCUCCAACCUCCAGGUCCAGUGGGCAUUCUUCACUUUAGCCAGCCGGGGUCAGCAGCCGCACGGCCUUUCAUUCCUCCUCGACAGCCCUUCCUGCCUGGACCGGGACAGCCGUUUCUGCCCACCCACGCACAGCCUAGUCUGCAGGGGCCCCUGCACCCCCCAUUGCCUCCUCCACACCAGCCCCAGCCCCAGCCCCAGCAGCAGCAGCCCCCACUCCAGCCCCAGCACCAGCCCCCACUCCAGCCGCCUCCGCAGCACCAGCCGCCACCUCCACAGCCGCAGCACCAGCCUCCUCACCAGCCACAGCAGCACCAGCACCACCACCACCUCUCCGUUCCUCCUCCGCCUCUGAUGCCCAUGGCUCAGCCCCAGUUCAGGCCUCAUAUGCAGACAGCUCAGCCUCAACCCAACAGCAGCCGAAUGCAGUGCCCCCAGCGCCAGGGGCUAAGGCAUAAUACAACUUCUCAGAAUGUAACCAAACGGCCAAUGCAGCAAAUGCAGCCAACUGCUCCAAGAAACAGUAAUUUGCGUGAAUUACCAAUAGCACCAUCACAUGUUAUAGAAAUGAGUAACAGUCGUUGCUCCUCCACACCUGCAGCUCAAGUAAAACCUGUUAUCAGCACGUCACCACCCUCGAGGCCUGGGGUGGGGUCCAGGAAUGCACAGGGGAAGACUGAAGUGAAAGUCAAGCCAGUUAGCCCUGUGGUUCAACCUAAAGAAGAAGCAAAAACAGAACCAGAGUUUCCUGAUGAAGAUGAAGAAACGAGGUUGUAUCGCUUGAAGAUAGAAGAACAGAAACGCCUCCGAGAAGAAAUCCUGAAGCAGAAGGAGCUACGACGGCAGCAGCAGGCUGGUGCUAGAAAGAAGGAGCUGCUUGAGAGGCUGGCGCAGCAGCAGCAGCAACAGCAACAGCAGCAGCAGCAGCUCUAUCCGCCCCCAGCCCCAGCAGAGCAAGAGGAGCAGACAUCGUCACCUUCGCCCACCAAUGGUAACGCGUUGUUACCCUUCCCAGGUGCACAGGCCAGACAGAAUGUGAAAAACAGACUUCUCGUGAAAAACCAAGAUGUCACUGUUUCAAAUAUUCAGCCCAAAACAUCAAAUUUUGUGCCAUCUGGUGCUAACAUGCAGUAUCAAGGACAACAGGUGAAACCACUGAAACAUUUGAGACAGGCCAGAACCAUACCUCCGAGUCCUGCUCAGCACAAAGUCCUGCAGGUGAAACCUGCAGACGGGGAGGGGCCGCCACCCCCCUCACAGACUGCUCGAGUGGCGUCCCUCCAGAGCCGGCCCCCAGACGCCAAGCCCGGCACGAAAAGGACUGUCAUGCACCGGGCACACAGCGGUGGCGGAGAUGGGCCGCACGUCAGCUCCAAGGUCAGGGUGAUUAAGCUGUCAGGCGGGCAGGGAGGAGAGAGCGACGGCUUUUUUCACCCGGAAGGCCAGCCCCAGAGGCUCCCUCAGCCCCCAGAAGUGAGACAGCAGCCUGCCCGCAAGGUGACGCUGACCAAGGGGGCCCUUCAGCCACCCCAGCAUCCACCAGUGGGGGCCCACGUGCACUCAGCCGGCCCUCCAGGCAUUAAGAGCAUCCAAGGAAUUCACCCGGCCAAGAAGGUCCUCAUGCAUGGGAGAGGCCGAGGAGCGACAGGUGCGAUGGGCCGGGGGCGCCUGAUGCCGAACAAGCAGAAUUUACGGGUGGUGGAGUGCAAGCCGCAGCCCUGCGUCGUGUCUGUUGAAGGCCUUUCUUCCUCCACUACUGAUGUCCAGCUGAAGAGCCUGCUGAUGUCAGUAGGACCCAUCCAGAGUUUACAGAUGCUUCCCCAGCAACGGAAAGCCAUAGCUAAGUUUAAGGAACCAGCCCACGCAUUAGCAUUUCAACAGAAGUUCCACAGGCAUAUGAUAGAUUUGUCCCACAUAAACGUGGCCCUGAUCGUGGAGUGACCUCUAGCAGGAGAGGCUGACCUUGCACUGCACGACGCUGUGGAAUUUCUUCAAGGAAGCUGCCAGCGCGGAGUCCCCACGAGCUUAGGUCUCUCCGUCCGCAGUAACUGUUUUCCGGAGCGCCAGGCCGCCCAGCACUGAUUCCAGAAGAGCCGAACUUACGGGACAUGGCAGACUGGAGUUUGGUGUUAGAUUGCUUUGAAUUCUGUUGUCACCACAAAGAACUACAGUUUUCGUUUUCUUUUGUUUUCAAAGUGCUCACAAUGCAUGUAGACACUGUUCUUCGUGAUCUUACUGUAUGAUGAAUCACAGUGACUCAGAUUCAGGAAAGAACAUUAACGUCACAAAUUCUAAGUCUUUUUCACAGCAAAGAAUAUUUGAUAAUGGUUGCACUUAUCUUCAGUGCAGGCUAGACAAGAGUUUUCCCAACCGAGCAUAACUUGCGUUGUCUUCUCAGAAAGCCCUCAAAAGGCUCUUCUAAAAAUGUAGAUUAAAAUUUGGGUGAUUAUGAUUGACAGUUGCAUAUCCUGGAAAGCAGGGUAUGAGGGGGAUUGGGAGUGGUGCCAAUUGUGUGGCAGAUUCUGCUUCUUGUAAAUAUUCCAAAAGCGCCAACUAUAUAUUCCCAGUUCCAAAGGGAACUACUCACCCCUUUUUGCACCCUUCCCAGAUGAGACGGGAAUGCUGGGAGACCCUGUGCUUCCCUGGCCUGGGGAAGGGGUCUUUGAGGCUCUCACUGCGCAGCCUCGAGGGCAGUCCCCUGCUGGGCGGGUUGUGUAGCAUACCUACCAUGCGAGACGGGGCAACAGCCUGAAGCUUGAACAGACCUGUUUGUUUUUUUCCUCUUUUUAAAUGUAGCCCAAAGUGGCAUAUUCAUGUCACUGGCACUGUGAUAUAUAACAUUCUUGGGGAACCUGGUUAUCAUUGUUUUGAUUAACUUUUUUUUUUUUUUUUUUUUUUAAGGCUUUUUAAGUAGGGGCUGUGCUGUCCUUCAGUGGACCUAAGAGCAAGGUGACAUUGACUCUGGCAUGGCAUUCUUUGUGGCCUGUGGUGUGAGAAAUGGCUGUCUUACUGGGACAGCGAAGCCCCGGGUGCAGUGUGUCUGUGUCACCCCUGAACCUGCUUGAGUCGUUCUGGGCAGGCUCCUUUAGGUGAGACACUUAUUCCUCAUAAAGCAGCUGUUAGGAAAAUUCCUUCUGGGCAAACGUUGAAAAAAGUGCCUUAUUGUAUUUCUGCUCAUGAAAGAGUUUCACUUUUUUGGAUUUAUUCUAAUGUGGACCUGGACUAUUUGAGCAAAUGAUACUAGGGCAUACUCAGACUUUUUAGCUGUAUUUUAUACCUAAGAUUUCAUGUCAUUUAUUAAUAGAAUUAAGGGAAAUAGAAGCCUGGUAUUACUUAAUGCCUCUGGUUAGCCAGCGAGGACAGAGUGCAAACAUGGAAGCCCUGCUCAAGUUGUCCUCGUGUCUCGCAGCCUCCUUCUGGGAGCUAAGGCAUAGGUCAUGCGAACUUGUAUCAUCUUGUCUUCACAGUUGAAAUUUUAUAUUACUUUUCCAAAUUAAGUUACCAGAACUGGAGGAGAGUAUUCCAGACCCUGUGAGACUUUGUGUAGCUUUGAUUCUAAAAUGGCAUCGUGUGCUAAGAGUAAGCCUGGAAAAUGAAGGUGGUGGUUAAUGGCUGCUCUUGAGCAGAUUUUGGUUCCAGGAGACUGUAGGCGCUCAUAGGAUACACUAG